AUGCUGUUAAAUAAACCAAACCAAACCCCCUCCCUCCCUCUCUGCUACACUCUCUCGCUCUUCCCCCCCUCUUAUUUCUCUCCUUCCCUCUUUUUUCUCUCCUUCCCUCUUUUUUCUCUCCUUUACUCUUUUGCAUCCUUUCUCUCUCUUGCCCUCUUUUGCACCCUUUCUCUCUCUCUCGCCCUCUUUUGCCCUUUCUCUCUCUCCUCUUUUGCCUCUUUCUCUCUCUCUCUUGCCCUCUUUUUUCCUUUCUCUCUCUCUUGCCCUCUUUUGCCCUUUCUCUCUCUCUUGCCCUCUUUUGCCCCCUUUUGCUCUCUCUCUUGCCCUCUUUUGCACCCUUUCUCUCUCUCUUGCCCUCUUUUGCACCUUUCUCUCUCUCUUGCCCUCUUUUUGCACCCUUCUCUCUCUCUUUGCCCUCUUUUGCACCCUUUCUCUCUCUCUUGCCCUCUUUUGCACCCUUUCUCUCUCUCUUGCCCUCUUUUGCACCCUUUCUCUCUCUCUUGCCCUCUUUUGCACCCUUUCUCUCUCUCUUGCCCUCUUUUGCACCCUUUCUCUCUCUCUUGCCCUCUCUCACGCCUUUCUUUUCUCUCUCUCUUGCCCUCUCUCACGCCUUUCUUUUCUCUCUCUCUUGCCCUCUCUCACACCUUUCUUUUCUCUCUCUCUCUUGCCCUCUCUCACGCCUUUCUUUUCUCUCUCUCUCUCUCUCUUUAUAACAUCUUUUACUGCUGCCUGCCACUGGUGGUCUAA